AUAAUUUCGUGUCAUGUGUUUUUAAUUGUGUCAAGUGUUUUGAAAUUUAUUUUAAAAAAAUUAUGAUUAUUAAAAAUUUUAAAAAGAUAAUUUAAUUAGCUUUCGUUCCACCUGUGAUUAUUAUUUUACUAAUAAAUGCUGUUGAGCUUUUGUGAAAUAAAUGAUGAUGUUGAUGAUGAUGAAAAAUAAAAAAAUUAUGAUUGCUACAUGAUUGAAUAUAGUUAAAAAAUAUAAGAUUAAAAAAAUAGAAAAAAUUGUGUUGAAGAUGUGGUCGUUUUACGAGAACAGAUUUAUUUUAGUUUUUUUGAUACUUGCUCAGCUGGUGGUAUCGAGUAAAGAAGAGACCACACGAGAUUGGCUCUUGCAUCAAGGAAAUCAUUCAACUCUUCGUCAAGAUCUUGAUGAUAAUUCUCGCACACUUGUUUUAUCUGGACCAAAUGUUUGUAGAUCAAGAUACAAGAGUCAAUGUUGUCCAGGCUGGAAGCAAAGAGGAGAAAAUGGACAGUGUCUUAUUCCAAUUUGUACAAGAAGAUGUGUUAAUGGUAGAUGUAUACGUCCAAAUGUAUGUUUGUGUGAUGGUGGAUCAAUUGCAUCAGCUUGUAAUCCAUCAUCUGGAACAUCAGCAUCAUCAGCUUUAUCAGCAUCAUCACAAACAAGAAGUUUAUCUCAUGAUAAUAAUCGACAGGAUUACCGAGAUAUUCAACAGCAAAAAAAUGGAGCUAAUGGAAACACCUGCAAGGUGCAAUGUAUAAAUGGUAAUUGUGUUGAUGGUAAAUGCCAAUGUAGACCUGGUUAUCAAGGACAAUUUUGUAAUGAACCUGUAUGUAGAGAGCCAUGCUUGAAUCAAGGCAGAUGUAUUGGACCAGAUAGAUGUGCUUGUAUUUAUGGCUAUACUGGAAGAAAAUGUGAGACUGAUUAUCGUACUGGUCCAUGUUAUACAAAAGUUAAAAAUGGACAAUGUCUUGUACACUUGCAAGGUGUUGUUUGUACACGUCAAAUGUGUUGUGCAACUGUUGGAAAAGGAUGGGGUCAUCCAUGUGAAAGAUGUCCAGCAAGACUUGAUUGUGAUAUUGGACAUUUAAAAACAAAUCAAGGAAAAUGUGUUGAUAUAAAUGAGUGUGAAGCUAUUCCAAGACUUUGUCAUGGUGGAAAAUGUAUAAACACAAUUGGCUCAUUUACAUGUGAUUGUCCAGAUGGACAAGCAAGAGAUUUAGAUACAAAUGAGUGUACAGAUAAAGACGAAUGUCAAGAUGAAAAUAUUUGUGUUGAUGGUAAAUGUGUUAAUACUGUUGGUGGUUAUUAUUGUGUUUGUAAUCCAGGAUUUAUUCAAAGUCAAGAUAGAAAACUUUGUAUUGAUGGAAGACAAGGUCUUUGUUACACAUCUGUUAACAGAAAUAAUCAGUGUAAAAAUCGUCUUGCAGUUAGAUUGAGUAAAAAAGAUUGUUGCUGUGGUAAAAAUAUGGGAGCCGGUUGGGGUGAUGAGUGUUAUAUUUGUCCAAGUCGUUCAACUGAUGAAUAUAAUAAAAUAUGCAAUGAGCCACAACACAUUGCAAUAAAUGAAUGUGUUUUACGUCCAGAUAUAUGUGGUAAUGGUGGUAAAUGCAUUGAUACUGAUGAUGGCUAUGAGUGUGAAUGUUAUCCUGGUUUUUAUAAACAAUCUGGUAGAUGUGAAGAUGUUGAUGAGUGCCAACAGUCAUACUGUCAAGGUGGUACAUGUCAAAAUUUACCAGGAAGUUUUAUUUGUCAUUGUCCAGCUGGUUUUGUUGUUUCUGGAGAAGGAAAAUAUUGCAGUGAUCAUGAUGAGUGUCAGGAUACUGGAAUGUGUACAAAUGGUCAUUGUACAAAUAUGAAUGGAUCUUUUAAAUGUAAAUGUAAUGAUGGAUAUGUUUUGUCACCAUCGAAAAAUACUUGCACUGAUGUUAAUGAGUGUGCAGAAAAUCCAAGAAUAUGUUUAAAUGGAAGAUGUGAAAAUACACCAGGUUCAUAUCAUUGUGUAUGUCAAUCUGGUUUUACAGCAUCAAGAGACAACACAUUUUGUGUUGAUAUGGAUGAAUGUUCAUCAACUGGAAUGUGUAAUAAUGGUAAAUGUGUUAAUAUGGAAGGAUCAUUCAAGUGUGUUUGUGAUUCAGGUUUUAGACUUGGUCCUGAUCAGAGUCAUUGUGUUGAUAUUGACGAGUGUCUAAGUUCACCAUGUCAAAGUGGCCGUUGUAAAAAUAAACCUGGUAAUUUUAUUUGUGAAUGUAAUUUGGGUUUUACACUUGGUCCUGAUGGUAGAUCAUGUCUAGAUAGCAGAAGAGAUCUUUGUUAUUCCCAAUAUCGUGAUGGACAAUGUUCAAAUCCAACAUCAACAGCAGUUACAAAAUCAAGUUGUUGUUGUUGUACAAUAAUAUUGGGACAACCAUUAGGAUGGGGAAGUAAUUGUCAAGCAUGUCCAAUGCCAAAUACAUCUGAAUUUGAAUUAUUAUGUCCACAUGGUGCUGGUAUGACAUACAAUGGUGAUGACAUAAAUGAAUGUGCACAAAAUCCAAAUAUUUGUAUUAAUGGAGGAUGUGAAAAUUUAAUGGGUACAUAUCGUUGUAUAUGUGACAGUGGAUAUGAGCUUGAUUCAAGUGGUAAAUUAUGCAGUGAUAUUAAUGAAUGUGAACUUGAAAAAUCAUUAUGUAAUGGUGGUCAAUGUAGAAAUACACCAGGAAGUUAUCAAUGUAUAUGUCCAACUGGUACAAGAAUAAAUACAUUAAAUCAAAUGUGUGAAGAUAUUGAUGAAUGUGAUGAAUUAGGAAAUGAUGAUUGUAUUAAUGGUUCAUGUAUUAAUACAAAAGGUUCAUACAGAUGUGAAUGUUCAAAUGGUUAUAUUCUUGAUAAUACUGGACAUAUUUGUAUGGAUAAUAGACGUGGUUCAUGUUGGACUAAAAUGAUUGAUGGUAAAUGUGAAAAUAAUUUUCCACGUUUAGCAUUAAAAUCUGAGUGUUGUUGUUCAGUUGGUGUUGCAUGGGGUAGUCCAUGUGAACAAUGUGAUUAUUCAAUAUGUGAAUGUUCAAAAGGACAUGAUGGUUUAACAUUAGAUACAACACAACAAAUAUGUAUUGAUACAAGACAAGAAACUUGUUUUAUGGAUUAUCGUCAUAGUCAAUGUUUAAAACCAAUUGAAGGACAAUUUUCAAAAAGUUUAUGUUGUUGUUCAAUUGGACGUGCAUGGGGUAAUGAUAAAUGUGAUUUAUGUCCAAAAUAUGGUACACAAUUACAUGCUGAAUUAUGUCCAAAAGGUGAUGGUUUUACUGAACGUAUUGAUAUUAAUGAAUGUGUUGAAUUUCCUGGAAUGUGUUUAAAUGGUAGAUGUAAAAAUACAAUUGGUAGUUAUAGUUGUCGUUGUCAUCAGGGCUAUGCACUUGAUGAAAAUGGUAUUAAAUGUAAUGACAUUGAUGAGUGUGAAAUAAUGAGAGGUGUUUGUGGUAAUGGCACAUGUGUUAAUACACCUGGUACAUUUAAAUGUGAUUGUAAUGAUGGUUAUCGUAGCAGUGAUAUUAUGAAAAUAUGUAUGGACAUUAAUGAGUGUGAUGAAAUACCUGGUCUUUGUCGUGGUGGUAUUUGUAAAAAUAAUGAAGGUAGCUAUCAGUGUAUAUGUCCAGCUGGACAUGAACUUGGACCAGAUAAAAAAACAUGUAAAGACAUUGAUGAGUGUUCAAGAACAAGUGGUAUUUGUUCAAAUGGGGUUUGUGAAAAUAUGAUGGGAACAUAUCAGUGUAUUUGUGAUGAUGGCUAUCGUCAAACUGGUCUCAAGUCACACUGUGAAGAUGUCAAUGAAUGUACAAUUGGCAAUGGUGGAUGUGAGGAUAUAUGUACAAAUAUACCUGGUAGUUUUUCUUGUUCAUGCAGUAUUGGCUAUUCAUUAAAUCUUGAUGGACGUACAUGCUCUGAUAUUGAUGAGUGCAAAGAUAAUUCAAGAAUUUGUAAUGGUGGUAAAUGUACAAAUUUACCUGGUUCAUACUCUUGUCAUUGUACAUCUGGUUUACUACCAGGAAUAGAUGGAAAAUCUUGUAUAGAUAUUGAUGAAUGUACAACACAGCCACAAAUAUGUGGAUAUGGUGAAUGUAGAAAUACAAUUGGAUCAUUUGAUUGUCGUUGUGAAGAAGGAUACUCUGUCAAGCCAGAUGGUGGUCCAGAUUGUACUGAUGAUGAUGAGUGUCUUCUCAAUGAACAUUCAUGCAGUGAAUAUGCUGCUUGUAGAAAUACACCAGGUUCACAUGAGUGUACUUGUCAUGAGGGUUUCAUUGGUAAUGGAAUUGAGUGUCGUGAUAUCAAUGAGUGUUUAUUAAACAAUGGUGGUUGUGAUGCAAAUGCACAAUGCAUUAAUACAAUUGGUUCAUUUGAGUGCCAUUGUGAUGCUGGUUUUCGUGGUGAUGGAUAUAAUUGUCGUGAUAUUGAUGAAUGUAUCAAUGAUCCAAAACUUUGUGAAAAUGGACAUUGUUUAAAUUAUCCAGGUUCAUUUCGUUGUGAAUGUGAAAAAGGUUUUACAUAUCCAGAUAUAAAUAAUGAACAAGCAUGUAUUGAUAUUAAUGAAUGUGAAAUGUUUACAAAUUUAUGUGUUUAUGGUAAAUGUGAAAAUACAUUUGGUAUGUUUAGAUGUGAAUGUGGUGAUGGUUAUAAAUUAGAUGGUUCUGGUGGUAAUUGUACUGAUGUUGAUGAAUGUAAAAGUCCACAAGCAUGUCAAUAUGGUACAUGUAUUAAUACACAAGGUAAAUAUAAAUGUGAAUGUCCAAAUAAUUAUGAACUUGUUGAUGCUGGUAAUGCUUGUGUUGAUAGACGUGAAUCAUUAUGUUAUAAAGGACAUGAAAAUGAUGGUUCACGUCCACAAUGUAUAUUUGAUAUGUCAUCAUCAGUUACAAAAGCAACAUGUUGUUGUAGUAUUGGUAAUGCAUGGGGUAAAAAUUGUGAACAAUGCCCUGAACAAAAUACAAAAGAAUAUGAAGAAUUAUGUCCAGGUGGACAAGGAUAUAGACCAAAUCGUGUUACAGUUAUACUUGAAGAUAUAAAUGAAUGUGAAGAACAUGAAAAUAUAUGUCAAAAUGGUCAUUGUACAAAUACAUUUGGUAGUUUUAUGUGUUCAUGUAAUGAAGGAUAUAUUCUUGAUGAUACAAAAGCAAGUUGUAUUGAUAUUAAUGAAUGUUUAUUACAUAAUAAUAUAUGUGGUGUUGGUUAUUGUAUUAAUGAUGAGGGUAAAUAUCAUUGUGAAUGUCCAGAAGGUUAUAUGUCAAUGCCAGGUGGUAAAGAAUGUGUUGAUAUGAGAAAAGAAUAUUGUUAUAUGAAUUUCGAUUCUGAUCAAUGUUUUAAUCCAAUGAUAAGUCCACAAACAAAAAUGUUAUGUUGUUGUUCAAUGGGUGCUGCUUGGGGUUCACCGUGUGAACCAUGUCCCGGUGAAAGAACACGUGAACAUGAAAUAUUAUGUGGUAUGGUACCUGGACAAAUAAUGAAUCCAUUGACAAAUCAUACUGAAGAAAUUGAUGAGUGUGCAUUAAUGCCAACAAUGUGUACACAUGGACGUUGUUUAAAUACACCUGGUAGUUUUGAAUGUCAAUGUGAUAUUGGCUAUACAUAUGAUGAGGAUUCACAUCAGUGUAUUGAUGAAAAUGAAUGUCAACAAUUACCAAAUCCAUGUUCUGGUAAUGCACAAUGUAUUAAUUUACAGGGUAGCUUUGAGUGUCAUUGCCCAGAUGGCUAUAAACUUGGUAUAAGUCAACGUAGUUGUAUUGAUAUUGAUGAAUGUUAUGAACGUCCUGGUAUAUGUACUAAUGGAAUAUGUAAUAAUUUACAAGGUAGUUUUCAAUGUAUAUGUCAUUUAGGUUUUUCAUUAACACGUGAUCGUUAUUCAUGUGUUGAUAUUGAUGAAUGUCAAAGAAAUCCAAAUAUAUGUAAUAAUGGUACAUGUGUUAAUACACUUGGUUCAUAUAAAUGUCAAUGUUAUGAAGGUUUUAAAUUAAGUCCAAAUAAUGAUUGUAUUGAUAUUGAUGAAUGUCGUGUUAUGCCAUUUCUAUGUAGAAAUGGACGUUGUAAAAAUCAAAUUGGUACAUUUAUUUGUGAAUGUGCUGAUGGUUAUACACUUGGACAAGAUAGACAACAUUGUCGUGAUAUUGAUGAAUGUAAAGAAUUAAAUAAUAUAUGUAAACAACCAGGUAAAUGUCAAAAUUUAAUGGGUUCAUAUAUAUGUAGUUGUCCACCUGGUUAUGAACUUGAUAAUGAUACUAAAAAUAUAUGUCGUGAUAUUAAUGAAUGUUUAGAAAUAAAUGAUAUUUGUGAAAAUGGUAAAUGUAUUAAUACUGAUGGUGGUGUUGAAUGUGAAUGUCCAAUUGGUUUUAAGCUUGAUGAAAAAAAAAAUUUAAUGAGUUGUAUUGAUAUACGUGAAGAAUAUUGUUAUGAUGAAUUAAAACGUGGACAAUGUUCUUUACAACGUUAUGAUACAAUGACUAAAAAACAUUGUUGUUGUACAAUGGGUAAAGGUUGGGGUAAAAAUUGUGAUCUAUGUCCUCGUGAAAAUAGUAUUGAAUUUAAAAAAUUAUGUCCUGAAGGUGCUGGACGUGAUGAUACUGGUAUUGAUUUAAAUGAAUGUUUAUUUAUGCCAGAUGUUUGUAGUGGUAAUGGUGAUUGUAUAAAUACUGAUGGUUCAUUUAGAUGUGAAUGCCAAGCUGGUUAUACACUUGAUGAAACAUUGCGAAGAUGUAUUGAUCAAAAUGAAUGUCAAUUAAAUCAAUAUAUAUGUGGUAAUGGUACAUGUCUAAAUGUCGAUGGUGGUUUUGAGUGUUUAUGUAAUAAUGGCUUUGCACCAGGUAUCAAUCAAGUAUGUGAGGAUGUUAAUGAGUGUCUUGAUAUUGGUAAUCAGUGUGCAUUUAGAUGUCACAAUGCACCUGGUUCAUUUAGAUGUAUUUGUCCAUAUGGCUAUGUACUUGCAACUGAUGGACGUCAUUGUAUUGAUGUCAAUGAAUGUGAUACACCAGCAAAUCAUUGUAAAUUUCAAUGUAAAAAUUUAAUUGGUUCAUUUAUGUGUAUAUGUCCAAGUGGUUAUCAACAAAUUGGCAUUACAGAUGAUUGCAAAGACAUUGAUGAAUGUUCAUUAAAUUCUGGGCUAUGUAGAAAUGGUGAUUGUAUUAAUCUUGAUGGUACUUAUCAGUGUCAGUGUUAUGAUGGUUUUGAAUUGAGUCAUGAUGGUAAAUCAUGUAUUGAUCGUAGAAUUGGUUAUUGUUAUUUACGUACAAUAAGUGGUAGAUGUACAUCAAGAACAUCUGAAUUAAAAACAGUUACAAAAGUUGAUUGUUGUUGUACAAUGGGUAUUGCAUGGGGUAAUAAUUGUGAAUUAUGUCCAUCACGUGAUUCAGAUAAUUAUAAUGAAUUAUGUCUUGAUAAAGGUUUUUCAAUUGAUGGACAAGAUAUUGAUGAAUGUAAUGCAAUACAAGAUUUAUGUUUUAAUGGUAUAUGUAUUAAUACACUUGGUUCAUUUCGUUGUGUAUGUAACAAAGGAUAUAAAACAGAUAAAAGUGGUACAAAAUGUAUUGAUAUUAAUGAAUGUGAAUUAUCAUCAAGUCCAUGUAAAUUUAAUUGUCAAAAUACUGAUGGUAGUUUUAUGUGUUCAUGUCCAAAUGGUUUUAUACUUAAUCCAGAUGGUAUUAGUUGUCGUGAUCUUGAUGAAUGUACAACUGGACAACAUUUAUGUCAACAAAAAUGUACAAAUACUGAAGGUAGUUAUAUGUGUUCUUGUCGUGAUGGUUAUACACAACAUGGUGAUUCUUGUCAUGAUAUUAAUGAAUGUGAAGAACAUGGAUGUUGUCCAAAACCUGGUACAUGUAUUAAUACACUUGGAAGUUUUAAAUGUAUAUGUCCAAGAGGAUUUAAACUUGAUCGUACUGGUAAAUUUUGUACUGAUAAUAAUGAAUGUUCUGAUGAUAAAAAUUGUCAACAUGGUUGUCAAAAUUUAAUGGGAACAUAUCGUUGUGGUUGUCCAGAAGGUUUUAUUCAACAUUUAUAUUACAAUCAGUGUAUUGAUGAAAAUGAAUGUAACAAUUCACCAUGUGGUAAUAAUGCAUGUAUCAAUACAAUUGGAAGUUACAAAUGUGGUUGUCCAGAUGGUUAUCAAUUUGAUAGUAAUAUGCAAAUAUGUGUACAAAUGAAUCCUGGAUGUAUGGGCAGUCCAUGUGCAUUUGGCUGUACACCAAAUGGACCCAGUGGAUUUUUAUGUGGCUGUCCAAAUGGAUAUCAAAGAAUUGGACAGGGACAUUGUUUAUCAACAAUAAGUCCAAUGUCACAAAUUGUACCAAGCAAUAAUAAUAAUAAUAGAGGUGCUGAUAUUGGUGAUGUUCCAACAUUUAUUAUUAAUCCAGAUCCAUAUCAUAUACCACCAGCUGAUGAUAAAAUUAUUUCAACAGAGGGUUGCUUUUCUUGCAAGAUCAAUGGAAAUGAUAAUAAUGCUCGUCACAGAAGAGGAACAAAAUUCAGCCAUGAUAAUUUAACAAUUUCGUCUGAUGAUAGCUUCGAUGAUGGGUCAAGGAAAAAACAUGUAAAAAAAUCACAAACACAUAGAUCACGACGACAUCAUCAUGGUGAAAUUUAUACUAUGAAAUUGAGACUUCAUCAGACUAAACAUAAAAUUAGAAUUAUUAAACUACAGCCUGCAUUGAAGGAUGAAAAUAUAGAGUAUACAAUUGUCAAAGGUAACAAGGGUAAACAUUUUGAAAUAGUCAAGGAUCAAGGUAAUAUAUCAGCUUUACAUUUUAAAAAUCGUUUAAAAAAAAUUGGUGAACAUCGUGUUGUUAUUCAUGGCAAACCAAUUAAUGGUAUUACUGCGGAAAAUGAAAUAUGGGAAAAACCAUUGACAUUUAGAGUUCAUAUUAUUGUUAAUGAAUAAAUACAUUAUUUUAUUUUUUUUUUUUUCAAUUAAUAUUUUUUACAUUUAAUUUAAUAUAAAUAAAUAAAAAAAAUUCACAAAAUUUUGACUAAAUAAUACUGCCAAAAUAUACAAAUAUAUUUUUUUAUGUGAAUUUUUUUUAUGUGAAGAUAAUCAAAUUUUAUAUAAUAAAAAAAACUAAAUAAAAUAUCAAAUUAUAUUUUGAUAAUUAAAUAUUAAAUUGUCAAUUAUUAUUUUUUUUUUUAACUUAGUGUACAAAUAUUAAAAAAUCAUAAAAAUUUCAUGUUAAUUUUAUUAUUAAUAUUUUAUAAAUUGUAUUUAUAUAACGAAAAAAAAAAAAAAUAUUGUUUUUUAAUAUUUGCUGAAUUUUAAAUGCCAUAUACACUGCCAGAAUUUUAAGUAUUCAGAAAAUGAUGAAAAAAAUUUAAAAUUAAUAAUGGAAUUUAUUCUUGUAUCGCAAUUAAUUAACUAAUAGAAAAUUAUUUAUCUACGAUCAAUAUUAUAAAAAAUAAAAAGCUUAUUAUAAUUUCGAAAAAAAAAAAAAUAUUCAAAUUAUUUGGUGUAAAAUUUUUCUAUCUAGAAAAAAAGUAUUUAAAAAAAAAUUAUUAAUAAAAACUACCUGCACUGUACGACACUUUAUUAUCAAUAAAAAUUAAAAUAAUAAUGGA